GGGCGACCGCAAGGCAUGCUGGGAUUGGGCCGCCGCAAGGCAUGCUGGGAUUGGGCGGCCGCAAGGCAUGCCGGGAUUGGGGGGGCCGUCGCAGGGUGGGACUGUCGCUAUGUCUGUGCACGGAUCGAGCGGGACUCGAUCGUCGCCGCGGCUCCACUCAGGACAUCCCGCGGUUCUGUGACACGGCACCAGCAGGACACGAGGCUGCCACGAGCCCCGGGACUGCUGGUGCUGCCCGGGCUGGGGCUGAACGUGCCGGGCCACACCAAGGUCGGGUCUCGUCUGUCGCGACAGCGCCGGGGGCGCCUGCAGAACUGCCGGGGACGAUGCGGCUCGGCCAGCGGCUGGCGCUGCCUGCACACCUCUCCCGCCGCCGCUCGGCACUCGGCUGCGCGCCCUGGCGCCCGCUGCAGACCUCGUUCACUUCCGGUGCAAUUUCCGGUUCCGCGCGGGGCCGCCAUGGCCGGGAGCCGCGCGCAGAAGAUCGGGAGCGUGUUCAGCCGGACGCGGAACCUGGUGCGCCUCGGGCUGCUGGAGAAGCCGCUGUGGCUGGACGUGUACGCCGCGUUCCCGCCGCUGCGGGAGCCCGUGUACCGAGUGCCGCGACCGCGCUACGGCAGCGCCCGCGACCCCAUCGCUCCCAUCUUCUACCGGGAGGACGCCGUGCGAGCGAGGUUUUACCAAGUUUAUGGCAAUGGCCCCAGACCUUUCGACCUGACACAGUUAAACUUCAAAUCUACUUGCCAGAGGUUUGUUGAGAAAUACAAUGAGCUGAAGGAAGAAGGGAAGAUCGAAGAGGAGAAGUUGUUUGAAGAAACAGGAAAAGCCCUUUUAGCCAGUGGGGUCAUUUUACAGAGAAGAGGAGUGGAUAAAGUGGCCCAGCAGGAGCAGCAGAGUGCUGCAUCCAGGGAUCCUGCCUUGCAGCUGCAGCUCCAAAAUGUGCUGGAGGAGCUGCAGGAGAAGAGGAAGGACAGGCAGGAGCAGCCACCAGAGCUGGCAGGGACACACAAGGAGAGUCCCCCUCCCUCCUGACAGCCCUGCUGGGCUGUGUCACCUGCCAGGAGCCAACCUCCAGCCCUCUGCUGGGACAUUUCCCUGGGGGAGCAGCAUCCUGGUGCCCUCCAUGUCACACAUGUUCCCCUCUGUCCAGCCCACAUUGAUAAAGUCACAGAUAAUCUUAUUUUUUUUUUAGGGUUCACAACUGUUUUAUGAAAUCGAGUUGGAAAACACCAAGUGUAAGAGUGGAAAAUUAAAACAUUUUCUUUAAAAACUGGAA